GGUGUUGACCGCGUCGGGCAAGGACUUGCUGAAAGGCAUCAGUUAUGGACCUUCCCCAUUGAAGGCUGCCGGAAAGCUUCCCAACGAUGACUUUAUGUCCGACUCGGCCAAGGCUCAGUGGAGCACAUCUGGACGUGGAGAUCUGGCCAUUAUGAAGAAGCUGGGGGCCAACGCGGUGCGACUGUAUGGGAACGACCCUCAGGAGGACCACUCAGCUUUCCUGGAUGAAGCCCAGAAGCAGGGCCUACAGGUGAUUCCCGGGAUGAGUGAUUAUCCCUAUACUCAGAUGCCUGGAAAUUGCCAGUCGACGGAUUACAACUGCUACUCUCAGAUCAAGGAGCAGUACAAGAGCAAUCUGCAAAAAGGCUUCCUCGACAAGGAUGGUGCUUACCAUCCUGCCUUAAAGACCGUUAUUGUGAUCAAUGAGCCGGAUCUCAAAAUUCCCGGAGAAUCCAAGCCAACCGAGUUCAGCAGGGCAAUCGUGAGUGCCAUUGAUGGCAUGCUGGAUGCCGAGAAGGAAGCUGGUGCCAAGUCAAACCUUGUCAAUUUCACCGCCACCUUCUCCUUUGGUGUGUGCACCGCCUGCAAGGGCUCGAAGAACAAGCCCUCCCUGGGCCAGAUGCUGGAGCUGCAGCGUGCCAUGGAGAAUCCCGAGGCCUAUGGGUACAAAGCGAAGAACGAUCUGGCAAAAGUGUACCAGACCAGGUUCACUAACAGCUUCAACACAAACAACCCUGCCACUGACAUUCAGCCGCUGUUCCUCAAUGACUACGAGGCUAACUUCAAGAGCACGCCCGUCUUCAUUGGUGAGUACCACUCCACAAUGGUGAGCAUUGGAAAGGACUUGACAACUAUUCUGGAGGUAGCCGACAAAUCAUCCAGCCUGGUGGGGAUCAGCUUCUUCGAGUAUCAGGUCCGUUAUGACAAGGGCGGCUCAGAGAUGAGCUUCGGCAUGUUUGGCCUGGGGGCGCAGAAGAUCGCCAGCAUGAACUUCUUCGGCGUGCCGUUUCCUGUGUGGUGCCUGACCGAAGUUGCGGACAAAAAGUCCUCUGGUACAACGGUCGUCGACGAGUUGGCCAAGGCAUUUGGAGGAGCUGGAAUCGAUGCAAACGAGCUUUGCGUGAUUGACCCGCAGAAGGUUCCCUUGUCCGAGGACGGCUACCAGGCGGUGCUGUCCCUGAAGAAUGUGGAUAAAAUGGCUGCUUUCGUGUCUCGAGUGGUGGAUCACAUGGGAGGAUCCGUGUCGGACAAGAAGAGUCUGGAGGAUUUCGCAGCCAAGUACACGGGCAAGACGCAGCUGAGGAGUGAGGUGGAGCGCAUGUUGGCCGGCCUCAGCUUUGCCCAAAUGGCAUCCGAGCUUGGCCAGCACCCAUUCUGGGUGGUUUGGGAUGCCAUGGCCGCCUGCGUGGCUGAUCGAGACUCUGAUGAGGGGAGUGUGGGACAGGCAGUGGGCUAUGCGUGCGGAAAGCUGAAGUCGUUCAACUGCUCGAAUCUGCCAACGUUCUGUGCCAAGGACAUCUGGGCAAAAGCGGAUUAUGUGCUGAGCCUGUUCUAUAUGCAGGUGAACAGUACUCAGCCGCUUCGGGAUUGCAACUUUGAUGGAGCAGCCAUGUUUGCUCCUGCUGCGACUUAUAGAAGCCACGACACGACCUGCAUUGUCACCAAGGACGCAUCCACAACUGCUUUGUCAGAGGAAGGAUAUCAGACCACACUGGCGGGCCAUGAUUCCAGCAAGGUGGCCACCUUCAUCCAGCGCGAAGUGCAGAAUCUUAACAUGGAGGUUACUGAUGGAUCAGGGCUUCAGUCCUUUGCCAAGUCACCUCCAGCAAACUUCGAGCAACUAAAGGACAGCUCUCCAGUGUCCCAUGGGUCUGCGGCGGUUCAUCUGGAAAAAACUGUCCGGCCCAGAACGGCGGCCUCUCAGGUGUUGAGAUAG